AUGUGGCUGCAUCCCGAAACUAUGAUCAAGCUUGGUAACGAGUUCUUUCAAAAGAAGGAAUUUGACUAAGCCAUCAACUGGUAUCAAUAGUCUAUAAACAAAAAUACGCAAUUUGUGGAGGGGUACUACAAUUUAGGCUUGGUUUAUAUGUACCGUAAGAAAUUUGAUGAAGCCAUCAAUUACUUCAAACAAUCCUUAGAUUUGAGGCCAAGCUUUCCUGAAGCCUUGUGUAGCAUGGGAAUUGCAUUGUACAACCUCAAUCAAGUAAGUCUGUCUGGCCAUAGUUUUACUAGUAUGAAAAAGCCCUCAACUAUUUGGAUCAAGCCCUCAAGCAUCGCCAAUCCUACCCAAACCCAUUGAAGUACAAAGGAGAUACAAUUAGGAAGAUGGGCAAUUUACAAGAAGCAGUCAAUUAGUAUAAAUAAGCAAUAUCGCUGAAGGUAACUGUUUUCCCUAAUAUUCCUUCUAGCCUGACUUUUACUAGGCGCACAAAGCCCUUGGAGAUACCUACAGAAAAUUGAAAGAGUACAAAUUAUCAAUCCAAUCCUACGACAAUGCACUAGAAUAUAAUUAAAAAUAUGCUGAAGUCUUCAAAAAAAAGGCAGAUUCUUUGAGAAACCUUGGCAUUUUUGAAGAAUCCCUUGAAAAUUAUACAAAAGCAAUAGAGAUAAGACCAAACUAUCCAAAGGCUUAUAACGAUGCAGGGCUGCUGUUUAUUUAGAAUACAAAGUACAAAGAUGGGCUCGAGUAUUUUUAGAAGGCUGUCUAAUUGAAACAAGAUUAUAAGGAUGCGUAUAAUAAUUUGGGAGUUUGUUACUAUCAUCUCCUACAAUAUCAAGAUGCCAUCACCUAAUUCGACACAGCUCUCCAAAUACAAGUAGGUUUUGCCAUCCCAAUGUUAAAUAAGGCAUCUACAUUAUUGAGAAUGAAGAAGUAUGAUGAAGCAAACAAGUGUUUUGAUUAGGUGAUGAAGCAUCAACCAAAGAACGUUCAGGUCUUAUUGGGUAAAGGGAUCUCUCUAUAUGAAACUAAGAAGUAUGAGCAAGCUGCCUUGUUGUUGAGUCAGGCUUAUGAUAUAGAUGGCAACAACUUUGAAGUGGUCUUCAAUUAUGGAGUCUGCAAUUUCUAAUUGAAGAAAUACAAAGAAGCCUUGCAACUGCUAUAGGAGGCUUAAUAAUUAAGGGAUACUUUGGAAGGUCACUUCAAUCAAGCAAUUUGUUCAUUGUAUUUAAAAGACUAUGAAUACUCUAAAAAGGAAAUCGAAAUGUAUGUGAUUCAUUAGGAAGAUGAUAUGGAGGCUAAAUCAGUUCAGGGAAUUGUUGAGUAUUAUCUUAAUAACCUUGCCUUUGCUCAGGAAUGCUUCUAGGAAGUACUGAAGAGAUAAGAGAAUUAAGUAGUUCAUAAUAAUCUCGGAGUCAUCUUAUUACUUAAUUAAUAAUUUGAUGAGGCUUUGAAACAUUUCAACGCAUCUGUUUCAGGCAAGGGAGAUUAUGCUGAUGGUUUGUAUAAUAAGGGAGUUGCAUUGUGUAAUCUGAAUUAAUAUGAGGAUGCUAUAAGAUAAUUUAAUAAGGCAAUUCAGCUUAAGCCUAAGAAUGAGUGCAAAUUCGCAUUCAUCAAUAGGGGAAUAUGCUUGAAAAAUCUAAAGAAGUUUAAUGAAGCUAUCUAAAAUUAUGACGAAGCUAUUCAACUUAGUUAAGGAACUGAUGUUGAAGAUAUCUACUACUUUAAAGGUAAUUGCUUAUUGGAGUUGAAUAAGUACGAAGAUGCUAUUCAAUUAUAUGAUCAAGCCAUUCAACUUGAAAGUGUUUACAGUUCAUCAGCCAACUUCUAGAAGGGUAUUGCAUACACCAACCUCAAACAUUUUGAUGAUGCCAUCCAAUCAUAUCAACAUGCAAUCGAAUAAAACUCUUAGAAUUCUUGGGCAUAUUUCAAUUUAGGAAUUACCUAUUACAAUCUUGAAAAUUAUGAAUAGGCUUUAAUUCAAUUCACAAGAUCCUUCGACAUAUAGCCAACAUUCAAAGAUGCUGUAUUUAAUGAGGCAGCUGCAUAUAUCAAAUUAAAAAGAUAUGCUGAAGCCAUCAAUAGCUUAGACAAAUACAAUCAAUUAGAAAGCAAUGAUUACGAGAGUUUCUUCUUAAAAGGAUGUCUACUAAAAUAAUUGAUGAGGUAUGAAGAAGCAUUGGAAUGCUUUUCUAAAGCUGUUCAACAAAAACCCAAUUUCUUUGAAGGGUAAUUCAACAAAGGAGUUGCUCAACUUGAAAGCGGAUUGUCCAAAGAUGCUGUGAUUACAUUUGAUGCUGCAUUCAAAUUAAAGUCUGACUCAGAGAAAUCCCUGAAUAAUAAGGCUGUCUCCUUACUUAAUCUAAGCAAACCUGAAGAAGCAAUUAAGGAAUUAGAGAAGGCCAUUAAAUUAAGUCCCAACAAUCCUACUUUGUUGAAUAAUAAAGCAGUCACUUUGAUUGAUCUUAAGAGAUAGGAUGAAGCAUUGACUAUACUAGAUGAAGUCAUCAAUAUCGAUCCAAAUUUCUUCAAGGCCUACAAUAACAAAGGAACAAUCUAUUUCAAUCAAAAGAACUUAACCUAAGCCUAACAAUACUUUUCGAAGGCAGUAGAGAUAAAUCCUGAAUAUGAUUCUGCAAGAAUUAAUUUGAGUAUCACAUUUUAGGAAAUGGGUGAGCAUCAAUUCGCAGUUCAAUAAUGCGAAUUAAUUUCUAAUUUACAAUGGCUAAAUAGUAAUUCUGAAGCAUUGAUAGCAUUUGCAACUGCUUUGAGAAAUUGCGAUCGCUUUGAAGAGGCUAGAUAAAAAUACGAAGUAUCCUUACAAUUGAAUCCUCGUCACUCAUAAGCCCAGAAUGGAUUGGGAAUUGUGUAUUCAAAUAUUGGCCAAUAUGAAGAUGCUCUAAAAUGCUAUGACUAAGCCAUUAAUCUUAACAAUAGAUAUCCAGAGGCAUUGAAUAAUAAGGGAGUCACUCUUUAUUUGAUGGGAAGGUAUGAUGAAUCAGUUUAAAUGUUGCAAUAAUCACUUAAGUUGGAGGUCAAGAAUGCAUAAACCUUAAAUAAUUUAGGUGCCUCACUUUUUUACUUGAAAAGAUACGAUGAAGCAAAUAAAAUCUUUGAUCAAGCAAUUCAAUAGAAUGACCAAUUGAUGGAAGCUUUGGUGAAUAAGGCCAAUGUAUUAAUUGCAUAGGAAAAUUUAAUUGAAGCGAACAAACUACUGUAGAAGGCAAGUCAAAUCAAAGACUCUCCUUAUAUUCAUAAUGCCUAUGGAAUCAUUGCUUAAAAGUAGAAGCAAACAGACAAAGCUAUUUCAUCUUAUUAGAUGGCCCUUCAAUUGCUGCCAACCUUCCCACAAUGUCUAUCUAAUCAAGCUACUCUCCUUAUUGAAACCGAGAAAUAUUCAUAGGCACUUGAUCUACUUAAGUAAGCUCUGAAGACUGAUUAAAAUAAUGCUGAAGCUCACAAUAAUCUUGGUGUGUUGUAUUACAAGUAGAACAAACUGGAGUUGUCUUAGAAUGAAUAUAUGGAAGCCAUUAAAUUGAAAGUUCAUAAUCCUGAAGCUCAUUCCAAUCAGGGAGUGAUUUUCUGUGCCAAACAGGAUUACUCAUAAGCUUUACAGUGUUUUGAUGAAGCCAUCAAAUUGAAGAGUGAUUUUGUGAAAGCUUAUCAUAACAAGGGAACGACUUUGUAUGAGAAAGAGAACUUUAAAGAGGCUGUUGAGAUCUAUGAUAAGGCCAUCAAGGGGAAGACUUAAGAUCCAGAGACCUACUAUAAUAAAAGUAUAGCUUUGCAAGGCUUGGAACAAUUUGAUGAUGCAUUAAAUGCCUUGGAAUAAGCAUAUAAAUUAGCACCUGAAAUGGCACUAUUGUAUGUCGAGAAAGUACACUUUCUAUUUAUUUUAGGGAACUCUCAUGUAUAGGAAAGGCAAGGUUGACGAGGCAAUUAAGAACUAUGAUCUAGCCAUUCAAUUGCAACCUAAUUGUGCUGAGGCUUACUACAAUAAAGGAUGUGCCUUGGAAAAUCAAGGGAAGAUUGAUGAGUCAAACAAGAACUAUGAAAAGGCUUUUCAAAUCAAACCAACUUUAGUAGAGAAAAAGAAAUGA